CGUUGCAGCGUUCACGGAUCGAGGAUGAACGAUUACGAAAAUCGCAGACAGCCGCGGACAGGUGCUUCCAAGAAGCCGGGGACUGCGUACAUCAUAGGAAAUGACCAUGAGCGUGGCUGUCGCCCCGGGUAGCCUCGGUGCACCUCCAUCAAUGCUCGCCCCGAAAAUGUAUCAUCUACAACAGGGGUUAAGUUCAACAGCGGCCUCACCCACUCCCGAAAAAAGUUACGACACGCUGAGCAAAGGGAAGAAGUCGUGGAGCGUGAGACUUGGCUUGUCGCGGCAGAAUCAGAGCGCAGAUGAUCCGGGGAAAGGGUGGGGAACGAUAAGCGGCGGUAGCGGACUGUCGCGACAAAUGAUCUAUGGUGAUCCAUGGCUCUAUGGCACUGUUCGAUCGUCGAGGUCUGGUCACGAGCCACGAGGAUUCAUGACACCACCGCCACCGCCGCCGCCGGGAGCACCGAUACUGGUUGUAUGUUCCUGUCCGGAGUUUCUCAGCGGGACCACACGGAAGUUCGGGAAUUGCCGCAAGUGCGGUGGUCACCGAUUGACUGGUCUACCUUUAGGAGGAACAUGUCGACUUCCGCAGAUAUCCUCGAGGUCGAGACCCAGUCUUGCGGGAGUGUUAAGGCCAUCGAUCGACGAUCCGUACGAUCAGAUGCGUCGGAAUCGACUGGUGGAGCCGAGGACCAGGGCACGGAGUAUAUCACCGCACCGGCCGUUGUCUCAACGCGAUCCCCGGAGCCAGAGCGUGGCGCGGAACGCGAAAGAACGAAAGGGUUCGAUCGAGAGUACAUCCUCGAGGUCCGAAUGGUUCGACAAAGAAGGGACCGUCGGUUACGAGGAGGGUGCACGGAAGCCACGACCAGCUACCUUCAGCGGUUCAUCGACGGACGAGUGGCUCGAGGAGACGCCGCCGUUGACCGGCUCGCGAAAUCAAUCGUCCUCGAUCACACCUGGACGACUGGUCCGUGUGCCGAAAAAGAUCAGAGACACUAGGAACGAUUGGUCAGAGGGCGCGAGAACGCAGGAACCGAGUCCAGGGAAAAGCAACCAAAACGAAUGGAAAGAUCGAUCCACGUCCACCGUCGACUCGAGACGAAGCAUCCUCGAGUGCAACGUAAAUCCGUAUCUUCUGUUGAAAAAGCACAAGGACGAGGACGAUCUCAGCGACGAUCUAUCGGACAACGCCCUCGAGCAAGACGACGCGAGGCCUCUCUCCAGCCUGUUCGAUUCUUCGAAAGUGAAAUCGAUCGAGAGGAUACCGAACAGAAGCGCCGUGGCGGAGAUCGGUGGUCAACGGAUCAGGGUGUUCAACGAACCCCGUGAGAUCUCGGACGAGGAGGAUGUCCCGCCGGUGACGAGGAUCCCAAUACCAAAGGUUUCACCGAAACGGCCGCCCAGGAGACUGAAGGAAGCCAGACAAACGCUAAAGAGCAUACUGAAACGGGGGAAGGUGCUCGAGACCAGACGGAAGAACGUUCUUUUCAACGUGGACAACGUGAUUUUCGCGCCGGAGAAACCAUCGGAGGCGACGAGAUUGUCGUGGAGCAGGAUCGGUAGGAUCGCCACUUGCGCCACGAAUAUCGACGAACGGAGGAAUGAUGAGUCUGAGGAGGAGGAAGAGGAGGAGGAGGAAGAAGAAGAAGAGGAGGUGCCGGUAACGACCACCAGCCACGUCGAGCAAAGGGAGAAGUACAACUUCAUCACUGUACCGAAUAUCAGGGACCCGAAGAUGGACAGGAUCAGGCUAAAGGAGCCGAAAAUGUCGUCGCAGAAUAUGUGCCAGAAUCCCCUUAGUAUAGACGGAGCUAAGGUGGACAGGUUUGUCCAUUCUUACAACAAGGAACGCCCAAGUACACCGUUGCGGAACAAUGUGAAUGUUGAUUCAUCGCGGAGGAACGAAAGUAUUGUUGAAAGUAACUCCAACCCAAUUAUGCUUCCGACGAAGCUCGAAAGCACGAAACGGGGGGAUGAGGAGAAGAGAUUAGAAGAAGAGAGUGUUAGUAAAGUGGAGGAUAGUGAACGGCAGAUCGAGGAACCGGAGGAUCAUAUUCCUGGCAUUGCUGUCGACGAGAAAGAUUUGAUUAUGAAGUCUGAAGAAACGUCGAAAAGGUCCUUUUUAUCGCGCAGUCAAAGCGAACGGUCAUUCAGCAGACCGGAAGUGUCAGCAGGCAAUGUACAUUUCAUGGACACGAUGCGCCUCAGUCUUUCUAGAAAAGUUAAAGAAGCAUCAUCCACGUCAGAUUCGAGAGAACAGAUCGGUUCGACGGUUCGACACGAAGAUUCGCCUAAAUCUACGCACGAAACGCCAGAGAAGAAAUACUUGGAGAAAGAUGAUGACUCCAUUACAACCGAAUCCCAACAGCAUUCAUCGAAUCCAAAAGAAAUUGAUGAAAUUUCCGAAGAAAAGGUAGCUAAGACGUACAUAGACACUCAGAGCCCAUUCGAAGAUAACAACGUUCACUUCCGCGGGAUGAGACCGACUAGUUGGUCUCCUCCGCCAGGAAAGCAGAAAUACCAUCACACGAUCAGCGAUCCCGGCGCAAAGUCAAAGGACAUAGAUCAUUCUCAGUCGGCACGAAGCAGCCCGAUGUUAAAGACCACGUGGAAGAGAUCGAAUUCCUACGGAUCCUCGAGAAUCGAGAUCGGAUCACCGACAACAGAGAGCAACGUGUACAAAAUCACAGUCAGUCCUCGAGCCUCUCCUCUUGUUCAUCGGCUGCAAAUAGGCCCUGACGCCAAAGGAGCAAGGAGAACGUCGAUCUUGAUCAACGGAGACCCUACGCCAACCACCGAAUCAACGUCCGACAACAAAGUAACCAUCAGCGUCGGAGGAGAGGACAGCGUGUACAAUCCUACGGUGAUAUCCGUGAACCUGGAAAAUCCACCGAGGAUAAAAAGCUCCGCGGAGAAUCGUACUCUCGUGAUACUGGACAAUUACAAAUCGAACAUCGUCGUCGAGACUAUCAAGGAGGAUUCAAAGUCGUCUAAAGCAGAGAUCGACACCACCGAGGAAGACGAACGUUCCGUGAAGCCCAGUGAAGUUUCAUCUGGAGACAAAACAUCGUCGAACAUCCCAGAUGUGUCCACGGAUAUCGAAAAGCAGAGAAAAUCGAGUAUCGAUACUAAAUCUCUGGGUACAGAGAGGAAUACGAAAUUCCGUGGGACGAUCGAUCAAACGGAACGAACGGAGAGGAAGCAUUUCCAGAAGGAGGCGGACGAUUCAUCGAAGCUUUCCGAGAAGGAGACGUUGAUCUCGAAACUGCUCGAAGAUUCUCUACGAAAGGCCCGGGAAAACGGAGAGAUCCUCGACGAGAGUAGCGGCGAGGCGAUUCUGAAGAUCCUGAAGCAAAGCCUACUGAAAAGCAAGGAGUACGAGAGCUCCGAGUCGACACUCGAGGCAAAUUACUCGAGAACGUCCGGCUUGAAUUUGGACGGUGACUUUAUCUCGACGAACCUAUUCCUCGAGGAGAAUCCUUACGAGGUGAUCAAAGAGCCCAUAUACGAGGAGAUACCCGACGAGCCACCUCCUCUACCGUUGAGCCCACCGCCGACGGAGGAUUAUUUAAAGGACAGAAUAUACUUCGGGGACAUCGACUAUUACAGAAAGGGCAGUUCUGAACAGUUUCUCGGCUCGUACUUGACGGAGAAUGUCUUCAAGAAACCGAAUUCAGAGGAUCUUACGGAGACCUAUCUGUCGAAGAGUCCUGAGGACUUUUUCAAGAAAAUGUCCACAUCGCCAGAGGAGGAGAAUAUCUCGAGCAAAUUCGAGUUGCUGAAUUUUUUGAUGGACUCGAAGGACAGGACGAUAUCGAUCGAAGGAGAGGAUGAUGAGGAUGACGAGGACGAAGAGGAUACCGAGGGAGAUCUGGAAGCGCUGUAUGAACAGAAGGAGACCAGUCUCGGCGAUCUGAGCUCGAAGAGCUCGCAGAUCUCGAACGUUUCCGAUAGCAGCGAGGAGUGCAAUAUUAUCCUGACUAGUUCGUCGGAAACGUCGAAGGCACGAGGUGUGGACAUAGAAAGAACUGAUAGCGGAGUCGGAUCGGAAAGCAGUCAAGCCAGCAGCACUCGAGGCGUGCCGAGACGUUGGAGAACAGGAAACGUCUCUUCGGGACCAGGAAGUCUCUUUGGUGGAAUCCCACAAGUGAUUUCCGGUGAUUCAAAACUCUGCGAGGAUUGCGAGCAGCGUUUGGAUCCUUUGAUAACGGACAGUGGUGUAGUGUACGCACCCUUCGUGUGCAGGAAAUGCGCGAAAAAGAGGGUGGAACGCAAGGAAAUCAUAACGGAAAUCGUAGAGACUGAACAGAAGUAUGGAAGGGAUCUUCAUAUCAUACUCGAAGAAUUUCAUAGACCGAUGUUCAGGGCUGGUCUCUUAACUUCGGAACAGUUGACAGCAAUAUUUCUAAAUGUCGAAGAGCUUCUCGAACACAAUCUCGUACUCGCGGAAAAAUUAAAGGAUGCUGUGGAAUUAGCGCAAGAAUCCGGAGACGAAGAUCUUCUAACAGUGGACGUAGGAAAGAUCUUUCUGGAGUCCGAACGGAUGCUUCACGCGUUCGAAAGUUAUUGCACCCGCCAGGGAAGCGCGAGCUUACUGUUGCAGAACUUGGAGAAAGAGAAGGAGCUGUUGCGAAUUUUCCUAAAAGUCUCGCAAAUGGAAAACACCGUUCUACGUAGAAUGAACUUGAAUUCUUUUCUUAUGGUUCCCGUUCAAAGAGUGACAAAAUAUCCUCUUCUACUGGCACGAUUGCUGAAAGCUACGCCAUCCGUGCGACCAGACAUUCAAGAAGCUAAAGAAAGACUGAAGCAGGCCCAAACCAACAUCGAGCUACACUUGGAACACAUGAAUGCUGAAGCUAAGGAUGUGACAUCAACGAAGCUCUGGAGAAGAAUCUCCAUCAUACAAAAUGGUAGACGGCCAAUUGGUGAACAAGAGAUGGUGAAUAUAAAACUGAGGAAGAUGGCCGUAGAGGUGUUAGAAUGGGCCCACGAGGAAGCCAAAUUUGUUCUGGAAGGACGUCUCUUAGUUGCUCAGCCAACUGAUAACAAUUGGAGACGUGGACGAACCGUGAAGCUUGCUCCUGUCACUGCCAUGUUGGUUACGAAUGGCAAACCAAACGCAGAAGAUAUUGAGAUCAAUGACGACUCCCUUUUCCCAAGGUACAUAGGUAUCAAAGAGGCUACCCUGUUGUUGGUAAAAGAAAAACUCGGACGGUACUCUUUACUUCGCGAACCACUGUACCUUGAUAAGUGUAUUGUGUGCUGUGAAACAGAUCUUGAGGAUUACUUUGAAGUCCAAGAACUGUAUUCCAAGGAAACUUUUAUAUUUAAGGCUGAAGAUGGAGCCAGAACGAAAAGAUGGUGUCGGACGUUGCAAGCCCACGCACAAUCUCUGGGCGCAUGGCGGAAACGUCGUGGAGCAUUGCCGAACAUAAUGAUAUGCGGGGUCGCGAGAAACUGAUAAAUAAUUCGCAGGAUUAGAUAUAAAAAAAGAUCGAACAACAAUAGAAUUGUACAAUGUACAGGCGUUAUUUAAAGGUGAUUAUAUUCCUAAAUGCGCGAACGUGUUUGCGCGUGUAGCGCAGCGGAUCGAA